AUGAGCCUAAUUGCAACCUGUAUCCUCUGUCAGACCAAAUUGCCGUACGAAAGUUCGAAUACGUGGAUACUAGUGCGUCAUUUGCUCGAUAAUCAUCCGAUGGAAAGCAUGCCGCUGGCGUCCAAACAAAAAUCGGAACGCAAAACAGGGCAAUGUAUCGAGACAUCACCACCACGGCCAAUGGAAAAUAGCAAUGAACAGCAAAAUACCAUGCCAAGUAUCUCUACUAGGCCAAAAACUCGUCCAAAAUCUGCACUACUGCGCAAUAAGAAAACUAUCUACAAAACUACUGUCGCCCAAUGGAAACCGGCACGGUUCCGUGUGAAAUGUAAACAGUGCGGUGGACGCUUCUAUCCAACAAUCCGCAAUGCAACGAGUCGCAUCUCUAACGGCUUUGGUGCGGCCUGUAUGCUUUCCUGCUGGCCUUUCUGUUUCCUGCCCGCCUUGUUUACCACACCGACGAAAUAUCAUCUACACUGCUCGAACUGUAAUGCUUACCUAGGCCUUUAUGAUGUACAGCGUGAUUGUGUACAGCAGGAUUAA